UCAAGGAAUGGAAGGAGAGCUCGAUGUUUAGGGUGGUGGAUUGGAGCUGCUGCAGUGUGUGUAGCACUUCUUCUGCUGGCUGUGACCUUGGUGGCCCUUGGUGAGUACUGAGCAUACCAACACAGAACAUCCGUUGUUUAUCUAGUCACAAUUAUCAGAGUUCAGUGUGAUCUGUAAGAGCAUUCAGAACCAUAUAACAUGUAAAACUCAGUUUCAACUGUUCAAAAUCCUCAGCCCUUAACAUCCUUUUGUAACAGUAAGUAAAUGUUUAACUCCAUUUAGAGUUACACAACAACCAGGUCCCUCAGAUCCUCCAACAUGGGCCUCCUAGCUGUACCUCACUCUCACUAUAAACUUCGAGGUGACCGAGGCCGUCAAGGCCCCUCGCUUAUGGAACAGCCUUCCUCCCUCAGUGAGGUCUGCCCCCUAUGUGGAGUCCCGCUUCAAAACACACCUCUACACGUUGGCCUUUGAGUCCUAACAGGCACAGGGAGCGAGAAGCUCUGAAAGAUGAACAAGAUCAAUUGAAGACUAACUCCAGGAACCUGACUGAAGAAAGAGAUGCUCUGAGAGGUGAGCGAGACCUAUUAAAGGUUCUAUCCGGCAACCUGACUAAAGACAGAGACGCUUUGAGAGAUGAACAAAACCUUCUUAAGGUCCUUUCCCGUAACCUUACUAAAGACAUAGAUGCUCUGAGAGAUGAGCGGAACUCUUUAAGAAAUGAGCGAGACCAACUGAAGAUUCAAUCCAGUAACCUGACGAAAAAGAUGGAGGCUCUUCAGAGCCAAUACAACACUCUGGCUGCAGGGCAUAAUAAUCUUCAAGCAGAGAUCAGCAGGCUCAAAGCAAAAACUUGCCCCAAAGGAUGGUCCUUGUUCAACAACAAGUGCUAUUUUUACUCUCCCAGUGGACAUGGAAAAACCUGGGAAAACAGCCAACAAGACUGUCAACAGAGAGGAGGGCACCUGGCAAUGCCGAAAACAAUGACUGAGCUGGAGUUUGUCAGCAGAGGUAAUGCGUAUACCUGGAUCGGCCUGUCGGACAAGUUGCAAGAAGACAGUUGGAGGUGGGUGGAUGGGUCUGAACUGGAGGAUUGGAGUUUCUGGAAACAAGGGGAGCCCAACAAUGCUAAUUAUGAUGAGGACUGUGUUGAGGUUGCACAAAAUGAGGCGAAAUGGAAUGAUGCAGAUUGCAGCGCUGAAUUUUCAUGGGUGUGUGAGGCUUAAGGUCCAGUGUGCAGCAGAGUCAACAAGGCCCACUCCUCCUGUUGUUGAAUAUACUACUUUAAAAUAAAACAUGACAAUAGUUUUUACCAUUCUUCAUCUUAUCCUGCUUUUACCAAUAAUCAUUAGUUCGAAGUCUUGCGUUUUGCACACACAGUUGUAUCUUUUAUAUGUUUUUUCCCCCAACUGACUCUAAAAUAUACAAUAAAAGCAUGAAUAAAUGGA